UCGAGGGCCAUUGCUUUGUAUGCAUUUGCCCCGGCGCCGGAGGCUGCCCCAGUCGCCGCAGUCCCCGGCGGAGUCGCCUCCCUGCUUCUCCGGGGCGGCGGCGCGGCUCCGCCAAACAUGUCGGCUCCGGGCGCGCCGCGGGGCCGCCCCGCCGCCCCGCCGCCGCCUGUGCAGCCUGAGCUGCCCGACCUCAGCCACCUCACGGACGAGGAGCGGAGGAUCAUCCUGGCCGUCAUGGACCGGCAGAAGAAGGAAGAGGAGAAGGAGCAGUCUGUACUCAAAAAACUUCACCAGCAGUUUGAAAUGUAUAAGGAGCAGGUAAAGAAAAUGGGAGAAGAAUCACAGCAGCAGCAAGAACAGAAGGGUGAUGCCCCAACUUGUGGUAUCUGCCACAAAACCAAAUUUGCUGAUGGAUGUGGCCAUAAUUGUUCAUAUUGCCAAACAAAAUUUUGUGCUCGCUGUGGAGGCCGCGUGUCACUACGCUCAAAUAAGGUUAUGUGGGUAUGCAAUCUGUGCCGAAAACAACAAGAAAUCCUCACUAAAUCAGGAGCAUGGUUUUAUAAUAGUGGAUGUAAUAUGCCACAACAGCCUGAUCCAAAGGUUCUUUGUGGACUGAGGAAUGAGGAGGCACCUCAGGAGAAGAAAGCAAAGCUGCAUGAACAGGCCCAGUUCCCAGGACCCCCAGGUGACUUACCUGUACCUGCAGUGGAGAAAAGUCGAUCUCAUGGGCUCACAAGACAGGAUUCUAUUCAAAAUGGGUCGGGAAUGAAGCACCAAAUUGCCAGUGACAUAGCUUCAGACAGGAAAAGAAGUCCAUCAGUAUCCAGAGAUCAGAACAGAAGAUACGACCAAAGAGAAGAAAGAGAAGAGGAGUAUUCACAAUAUGCUACUUCAGAUAGCGCAAUGCCCAGAUCUCCGUCAGAUUACACUGACAGCCGGUCUCAUCAUGAACCUCAGUUCUAUGAAGAGUCUGAUCAUAUGAAUUAUAGGGACUCCAACCGGAGAAGUCAUAGGCAUUCCAAAGAAUACAUUGAAGAUGAUGAGGAUGUGGAGAGCAGAGAUGAAUAUGAAAGACAAAGGCGAGAAGAGGAAUACCAGGCACGCUAUCGGAGUGACCCAAAUUUGGCCCGUUAUCCAGUGAAGCCACAGCCUUAUGAAGAACAGAUGCGCAUUCAUGCUGAAGUUUCCCGAGCGCGACAUGAAAGGAGGCAUAGUGAUGUUUCUUUGGCAAAUGCUGAACUGGAAGAUUCAAGAAUUCCCAUGCUAAGAAUGGACCGACCAUCAAGGCAAAGAUCUAUAUCUGAACGUAGAGCUGCCUUGGAAAAUCAGCGAUCGUAUUCAAUGGAAAGAACUCGAGAGACUCAGGGACCAAGCUCUUAUCCACAAAGGACCACAAACCAUAGUCCUCCUACCCCCCGGAGGAGCCCUAUACCCAUUGAUAGACCAGACAUGAGACGUACUGACUCACUAAGGAAACAGCAUCACUUAGAUCCUAGUUCUGCUGUCAGGAAAACAAAACGGGAAAAAAUGGAAACCAUGUUAAGAAAUGAUUCCCUCAGUUCAGACCAGUCAGAGUCAGUAAGACCUCCACCACCAAAGCCUCAUAAAUCAAAGAAAGGGGGUAAAAUGCGCCAGGUUUCAUUGAGCAGUUCAGAGGAAGAAUUAGCUUCCACGCCUGAAUAUACAAGUUGCGAUGAUGUUGAGAUUGAAAGUGAGAGUGUAAGUGAAAAAGGGGACAGUCAAAAGGGAAAAAGAAAAACUAGUGAGCAGGCAGUUUUGUCGGACUCUAACACCAGGUCUGAGAGACAAAAGAAAAUGAUGUACUUUGGUGGCCACUCUCUGGAAGACGAUUUGGAAUGGUCUGAGCCUCAGAUUAAGGACUCUGGGGUAGAUACCUGUAGUAGCACAACCCUUAACGAGGAGCAUAGCCAUAGUGAUAAGCAUCCUGUGACAUGGCAACCAUCUAAAGAUGGAGAUUGUUUAAUUGGUCGUAUUUUAUUAAACAAACGCUUAAAAGAUGGAAGUGUACCUCGAGAUUCAGGAGCAAUGCUUGGGUUAAAGGUUGUGGGAGGAAAGAUGACUGAAUCAGGUCGACUUUGUGCAUUUAUUACCAAAGUAAAAAAGGGAAGUUUAGCUGACACUGUGGGACAUCUUAGACCAGGUGAUGAAGUGUUAGAAUGGAAUGGAAGGCUAUUGCAAGGAGCCACAUUUGAAGAAGUAUAUAACAUCAUUCUGGAAUCUAAACCAGAACCACAAGUGGAGCUUGUUGUUUCAAGACCUAUUGGAGAUAUACCUAGAAUACCUGAUAGUACACAUACACAACUGGAGUCCAGUUCUAGCUCAUUUGAAUCUCAAAAAAUGGAUCGUCCUUCUAUUUCUGUUACAUCACCCAUGAGUCCUGGCAUGCUGAGGGAUGUUCCACAGUUCUUAUCUGGACAGCUUUCAAGCCAAAGCCUUAGUAGAAGAACAACGCCUUUUGUUCCUAGGGUUCAGAUAAAACUAUGGUUUGACAAGGUUGGUCACCAAUUAAUAGUAACAAUUUUGGGAGCAAAAGAUCUUCCUUCCAGGGAAGAUGGGAGGCCAAGGAAUCCUUACGUUAAAAUUUACUUUCUUCCAGACAGAAGUGAUAAAAACAAGAGAAGAACUAAAACAGUAAAGAAAACAUUAGAACCCAAAUGGAACCAAACAUUCAUUUAUUCUCCAGUCCAUCGAAGAGAAUUUCGUGAACGAAUGUUAGAGAUUACCCUUUGGGAUCAAGCUCGAGUCCGAGAAGAAGAAAGUGAAUUCUUAGGAGAGAUUUUAAUUGAAUUAGAAACAGCAUUACUAGAUGAUGAGCCACAUUGGUACAAACUUCAGACCCAUGAUGUUUCUUCAUUGCCACUUCCCCACCCAUCUCCAUAUCUGUCACGGCGACAACUCCAUGGAGAAAGCCCAACACGGAGGUUGCAAAAUAAAGCCUUAUGUUCAUAUAAUUCAGGGUCAAAGAGAAUAAGUGACAGUGAAGUUUCUGACUAUGAUUGUGAUGAUGGAGUUGGUGUGGUAUCAGGGUCUCCUCAUCGGGCAGAUGCAAUAGGAAGGAUUCGAUCAUGGUCUCCCAAUGCCCCUCCUCCACAAAGUCGAAAUGUGGAGCAGGGACUUCGAGGGACACGCUCUACUACUGGGCAUUAUAAUACAAUUAGCCGGAUGGAUAGACACCAUGUCAUGGAUGACCAUUACUCUCCAGACAGAGACAGUCAUUUUCUUACUCUACCUCGAUCCAGAUACAGUCAGAGCCUUGAGCAUCAUCACAGAGAUGGCAGGGAUUGUGAAGCAGCAGAUAGACAGCCAUAUCACAGAUCCAGAUCAACAGAACAGCGGCCUCUCCUAGAGCGGACCACCACCCGCUCCAGAUCCACUGAACGUCCUGACACAAACCUCAUGAGGUCGAUGCCUUCAUUAAUGACUGGAAGAUCUGCCCCUCCUUCACCUGCCUUAUCGAGGUCUCAUCCUCGUACUGGCUCUGUCCAAACAAGCCCAUCAAGUACUCCAGUGGCAGGACGAAGGGGCCGGCAACUCCCACAACUUCCACCAAAGGGAACAUUGGAGAGAAACAAUGGAGUCAAGGAGAUAGAACCUUAUGAAGGUACUAUGGAUAUAGAGGAAAGAAAUCGCCAAAUGAAAAUUAACAAAUACAAACAGGUAGCCGGAUCAGAUCCCAGACUGGAACAAGAUUACCAUUCAAAGUAUCGAUCAGGAUGGGAUCCUCAUAGAGGGGCAGAUAAUAUUUCUACUAAAUCUUCGGACAGUGAUGUAAGUGACAUAUCUGCGGUUUCAAGGACUAGUAGUGCUUCUCGUUUCAGCAGCACAAGCUACAUGUCUGUCCAAUCAGAACGGCCACGAGGAAACAAGAAAAUCAGUGUCUUUACAUCCAAAAUGCAAAACAGACAAAUGGGCAUCUCAGAGAAGAACUUGAAGAAAAGCACCAGCAUCAGUGGAGACAUGUGCUCACUGGAGAAGAAUGAUGGCAGCCAGUCUGACACAGCAGUGGGCACUCUGGGCACCAGUGGCAAAAAGCGACACUCUAGCCUUGGGGCCAAAAUGGUAGCUAUUGUUGGGCUCUCCCGGAAAAGUCGCAGUGCUUCUCAGCUCAGCCAAACGGAAGCAGGAGGUAAAAAACUGCGGAGCACUGUCCAGAGAAGUACAGAAACAGGCCUGGCUGUGGAGAUGAGAAACUGGAUGACUCGACAGGCAAGCCGAGAAUCCACAGAUGGCAGCAUGAACAGCUAUAGCUCAGAAGGAAAUCUGAUUUUCCCUGGUGUCCGCUUGGCCUCUGAUAGUCAAUUCAGCGAUUUUCUGGAUGGCCUUGGCCCUGCUCAACUAGUGGGGCGCCAGACCCUGGCUACACCUGCAAUGGGUGACAUUCAGGUAGGGAUGAUGGAUAAGAAAGGACAGCUGGAGGUGGAAAUCAUCCGGGCCCGAGGCCUUGUUGUAAAACCAGGUUCCAAGACACUGCCAGCACCAUAUGUAAAGGUGUAUCUAUUAGACAAUGGAGUCUGCAUAGCCAAAAAGAAAACAAAAGUGGCAAGAAAAACGCUGGAACCCCUUUACCAGCAGCUACUGUCCUUUGAAGAGAGUCCUCAAGGCAAGGUUUUACAGAUCAUUGUCUGGGGAGACUAUGGCCGAAUGGAUCACAAAUCUUUUAUGGGAGUGGCCCAGAUACUCUUAGAUGAACUGGAGCUAUCCAAUAUGGUUAUUGGAUGGUUCAAACUCUUCCCCCCUUCCUCCCUAGUAGAUCCAACCUUGGCCCCUCUUACAAGAAGAGCUUCCCAGUCAUCCCUGGAAAGUUCAACAGGACCUUCUUACUCUCGUUCAUAGCAGCUGUAAAACUGUUGUUAUAGCAACCAGCGUUACAAAAAAAAAAAAUCACAGGUCGCAAACCCUGGUAACACUGCAUGCUUAAUGUUGUGUCUUCUGAGCCUGUUUCUAGGGAUACAAAGCGAUCCUGUGUUCUCAGAGGAAGUUGCACACAUUGUGCCCUACAGAAGGCCCUCAGGUGAAAGAGCAAAGCUAUGAAGAGCUAUCAGGUUUGGGAUUCAGUGACUCAAGUUUUGGUCCAAUCUGAAGCCAUGGAUUAAUCUCAAAGAAUCAGUCAGUUUCAUGCAACAAAAAGCCCUUUUCAAUGGUACCUUUAUAUUUUUAUUGUUCCUUUUUCUUCAUUUCUCUGACCCCAAAACCCUGUACGCCACAGAAAGGACGCUCUGCAGCCGUUAAGCCAUGUUAGGAGUCAAGGAGUGAAGUCCUCAGAAGCAUCAGAGGAAAAGCAGGCGACCAAAGAAGUGGUCUGAGACACAAUAGCAGCCCUACUUUGGACAGGGAUCAGGAACAGCCAGCCCCACAUGCCAGUGACAGGCUAGGAGUGCUGGCAGGCCUGUCACUCACUGAUGCCAAGAUAUGGUGGACUCUGAUAAACAAAGUUCUGUGGCUACUCUGUACUGAAUGAAAUUAAAGAAACUUUUUUUUGCAUGGACACAAACUAGCUAAAUACUUAAAUUAUUUUCUUGGGGCUGCAACUUGCAAAAAAAAAAAAAAGAAUAAAAAUCAGCCAUUUUCAACAAUUUAUAUUAUUUUUAAAAAUAAAUUUCACUAGUGCAUGGUUUUAAAAAAAUGGGGAAGAGAAUGCAACAGGGUGAUACAAAGAUACACCAUGUUUAUUCUUUAAUCAGAGUCUGUGUUUUGGCAGACAUUACAAAUGAGAAUACUUUCUAGGAGAUACUUAAAAUUCUCUUUAUGUGACAAAUAAAUAUAUUCAACUUGUUUCCAUGUUAAACAUACAAGUCUUAUGAAGUUCAAAGUGUAUAAACUGUUCACAUCUUCUCUCUUACUUUUUGUCUUAUCCCACUUUUAAUUUUUUGGUUCCUUUCUCCUGCCAGAAUGAAAAUUAUACUAAAACAUUAACCUGUUUUUGAUCUGACACUCUUUUUCCCCAUGUUUGAUUCAGAGCUGUAGAAGCUUCUGAAUAUAUGAAUUUCUCAAGGGAAAGAAUAUUUAAGAACUUUAUUUCAAGCAUGUUGAAAAGAAUUUUGCAACAUGACUUGGGAGUACAUUAAAGUCAGUCAGCAUGUGUUUGAUAAAGAAGAUCUUUGAACUUUUGCAAUUUAUUGUACAGUGCAUGGUAACUUUAUUUUCAUCUUCAAAUUUUAGUUUACAGGAGAAUCCUGAUAUGUGGCCAUUUUAAUAUCUAAUAAAUUUGUUUUUAGCACCAGCAUUAUUCAUACAGGGGUUAAAGUAUUAUUUCCAGGAGGUCUUAAGUUUUCUUUUUUAAUUAACUGAUUUUUUUAGCCAGUCUUCAUUUACUAUGUGCAUAAACAUAUGGCAAAAAAUCUGGAACUCUAAAGAAUAGGUCUGUUUAUUAAUUCAUUUUUUCUGUAGUAAAAUUCAUUUUUUCACAAAUUACAUUUCUAAAAGUUAUAGUAAACAUAAAUUUGCAACAAAUGAUUUUAAAGCUCUAAUUUUUAGGUUACUCAAAGAAAGAGUCCACCUGCCUAUUAACAGUCCUUUGAUGCCAUCAACAAAAUUAGGGUCAAACCCCUGCCUUGGGUAUUACAGAUAGUUGUUAUCAUUGGAUGCUACUGCAAGGUCAAAUUUCUAUUAAGUUCCCCCAUUUAGAGGAAAUAUCAUUGGUUUAUAUAAUUAACCAAUCAUACUGUCUGGUUUAAGUCCACUUAUGGGUACUGCUUAUAGGUUGAUUUUAAUUUCUUACAGUAGCUUUUGAAAUUCACAUAGGCAUUAUUUGCUUAAAUUAAGGCCAUACACAAAAAUAUGUUUUCUUUCUCCUCCCUCCCCCCAUUUUAAAUUCAGUGCUGACCAUUAGAAAAUUAUCAUGCUUGAUAUGGUGCAAAAGUUAAAAUGAGUAUCACUAAAAAUGCCUUCUCUUUAUGUGGUGCAAUAUGAAAUACACUGAGACUGUGUCUUGACAUUCUGAGAUCUAUGAUGGCCCCAGGUAAAGUUGUUGGAGAACAAAUUAAACUUUAUUAAGAUAAUUUAGAAACUUGUGUACCAGCAACAAUUGGUUUAAGAGACUGAGACUCUUCCCUUAAAAUAAACAUUUACCAUUUUCCUGAUACUAAGAUACAGUCACAUAAUCUUUUGUGCAUAUUCCUAUAUAAAUUAUUUCAAACUUUAACAAGAGGGACAUAACUGUAUGGCAUAUUUGUACAUGUCAUCAUGCAGUAUUUAUUUCAAAGUUGGUAUAUAUAUAUUUUUUAAUUUUCACAUGUCUGCACCUCGACUUGUGGAUUAGUCAUGUAAAUAGCUCUAUUCCAGUGACGAUCGCUGCCCUGUACACAGUAUGUUUUAAAAGUAAAGGGAAGUCCAGGCUGGGGAAAAAAUAAACAAGCAAACAAAACACCAAAGGGCAGAAUAGUCCUGUAAUGAACACCAACUAAUGUAAAUCAAAUUCAUGGUGACGGUAUUUAACACUUUAAAUAAAACAUUUUCUUUACAGAUGUUGUA